UGUAUGCUUAUUUAAGAUUUGGAUUUGGUGGUUGCGGUUAUUCUCACAUACUGCGAGAGUUUACUUACCUGUGGAUGGCUGCUCAUAAAAUUUCACUCGAACUGUUUUGGAAAACGCCGUAUUUAAGCUGUUUGUUUCACCUCGACGGGACUGGGCUAUAAAUAAUAUUUCGCACUCAUCAUCUCACAUAAUAAUUAGCUUGUAUGCUAUGGUUUAAUCUGCCGUCUGACAGUCCAGGAUUUUAGAUUUAACCGUUAAUUAGCCCCAAUUUGGGAAGCAAAUAAAAUUAUAACCUUGAAAAUUGAAAAGAAAAAAACGUUAUCCUAAAAGAUAUCCUUGAUGGCCGUUAAAUAUACUUACCAUGACCUAAACGGUCUCUGAAUGUAAUUACCGUACACAUGCCAAGAGGGCUUAGGAAACGGGUGAAAUGUUCAAAUUAAAAAUAAUUUCAAAAUUAAAGGACCUUAGGAGCAGAGUUAUCGUCCACUGGAGUAUUUUCAGUCGAAAAUGAUAAAACAUUGGGUGAUUGCUCAUAUCUGUUCCGUUCUCCUUUUCCUUCUAUCAGGUGGUUCCUGUUCUGAGGCUGAACACAGGCUGUUUUCGGUCAUCUUCUCCAAUUAUAAUCAGUACAUCCGCCCUGUAGAGAAUGUUUCCGACCCGGUCAUUGUACAUUUCGAGGUGUCUAUGUCGCAGCUUGUCAAAGUGGAUGAAGUAAAUCAGAUCAUGGAAACCAACUUGUGGCUGCGACAUGUCUGGAAUGACUACAAAUUGAAGUGGGAUCCCAAAAACUUUGGAGGCGUGGAAUUUAUCAGGGUGCCUUCCAACAAAAUUUGGAAACCAGACAUUGUUCUCUACAAUAAUGCAGUGGGGGACUUUCAGGUGGAUGACAAAACUAAGGCCUUGCUGCGCUACAAUGGAGAAGUGACCUGGAUUCCUCCUGCCAUCUUCAAGAGCUCUUGCAAGAUUGACGUUACCUACUUCCCCUUCGACUAUCAGAACUGCACCAUGAAGUUCGGCUCCUGGACUUAUGACAAAGCUAAGAUUGACUUGGUCCUAAUCGGAUCGACCAUCAAUCUAAAGGACUUCUGGGAGAGUGGUGAGUGGAUGAUCAUUGAUGCUCCAGGUUAUAAACAUGACAUCAAAUACAACUGCUGUGAAGAGAUCUAUCCAGACAUCACCUACUCCCUCUAUAUUCGUCGACUUCCACUCUUUUAUACAAUAAACAUGAUCAUUCCUUGCCUGCUAAUCUCCUUCCUGACUGUGCUGGUGUUCUACCUGCCCUCAGACUGUGGGGAGAAGGUCACACUCUGUAUCUCUGUGCUGCUGUCCCUCACCGUGUUCCUGCUGGUCAUCACUGAGACCAUCCCCUCUACCUCGUUAGUUAUCCCGCUCAUUGGCGAGUACCUCCUCUUCACUAUGAUCUUUGUGACCCUCUCCAUUGUCAUCACCGUGUUUGUACUGAAUGUGCACUACCGUACGCCUAAGACACACACCAUGCCCCACUGGGUGCGUCACAUUUUUCUGGGUUUGUUACCCAGGGUGAUGUUCAUGACCCGUCCCGAGAGAGACCCUGAGAGACUAGCUUCUUGUGCACAGCCACUUUCUCCAUUGCCCUAUGGGUCACCCAUAGCUGGUUCCCUGCCACGUCCCAAGCUGCACAAUGUCAACUCCAGUCUGCACCAACAUCAGCGUCUCCUCGUCAGCACCGAGCUCUCUAACCUCAACAACCUGAACAGCAACUCCGCAAAGGUCGGGACGGGCUUCCUCUGUCGGGAGGGACGCUGCAACUGCUGCUGGCGGCAGAGGACUACCAAGCUGCCCACCGGUGGGAGUGGAGGAGUCAUGGGGCUGCGGACCAUCUCUACUGCAGGUGGUAGUGGGAGCUCCUGUACCAGUUCAGAGUCUCUGGAUGGUGGAAAUGUGUCCCUGCCCACUCUCUCGGUAGAAGUGAGGGAAGCUAUUGAAAGUGUCAAGUAUAUAGCUGAGAACAUGAGGAUACAAAAUGAAGCCAAGGAGGUUCAAGAUGACUGGAAGUAUGUUGCCAUGGUGAUUGAUAGGAUCUUCUUAUGGGUUUUUAUUCUGGUGUGCAUUCUAGGCACCGCAGGUCUUUUUCUUCAGCCUCUUUUACUGGGAGAUGACAUCUGACAUACAAAAAUGACUAUUUUGGAGGAGGUGAAGGUUUUAAACUUAGAGCGUAGUUAGAAUGUGGAAUCGUUGUGAAGUCACAUAGGUCAAGUCUAGAAUCAACAUGAAGUCACAUGUACAAGCAACCUGGGGUCACAGUCAAAAGCCUUGCAGAUACGGCUUUGCAGUAGAGAUGCUUUGUGAUCUCUUCUUCAGUGUAAUGUGUUGACAUUGUUGGUGUGUUUAUAGAGUUUAAGAGAUCUUCUGACCUUGGAUAUAUUGAUAAGGAGAAGGAGAGGACAUAGUUCAUUGCACACAUUGGGUUCCCAAUUCCCUUCCCUUUUGUAUGGUGUUUGUAUUACUGCUAACAAGAUGAGGACAUUUCAGGUCCAGAAUGUAGAAAUCCAGACCGAGAUUUUGUUUCAACCAACCCUAUGACUGUGACUCUUUAUACUCAACUGGUCGGUUGAAACAAAAUCUUAGUCUGGAUUUUUACUUUUUGGACCUGAAAUGUCCAUUUCUGGACUGUUGGACAAUAGUGUUACCCAAGUGUGUAGCAUUAUAGACUUAAGUAUAGAAUGAAGUGUAUUGGGGGCCUGCUCCUGUAAAACAGCAGUAUGGUGUACUCUGUCUAAUUUUCAUUUAUUUUAUUUGCUUUAGACAUACUGAAAUGUACAAAUGCAUUUCCCACAUUACUGACCUUUAAUGAUCAGUGUUCUAUUAGAUUUCCAUGAAAGUGUGCAUUUGUUUGUUCAUUACUCUGGUUCCACAUUUUGAAAAGAAUUAUUCUUUCUCAAAUUAUUAAUUAGCUUUAUA